AUGCACAGCCUUUCUAAAAGCGAUGGUCUGCGUUCCUCGUUUUUCGGAUCAAGUACUAGCGGGUCACUCUGCUCUGCUGCGAGUCUCGACUGGGAAAUUGCGAGCUCACCGUCCGUCUUUCAUGGCAACACCGAGGAGAAGACGAGAACUCUUCUGUCAGGUCAGAUGCUCCUCGAUGUCAAAGAAGACUCUAUCGAGGUCAAGGGAUGUACCAUCAGUGCUAAAAAGCCAAUUCAUAUUGUGCUUGACGGCAAGCUUCGACUUCGCAAGUGGGGUUGUGUAGAAGAAAGAUGA